ACUUCGCCACUCCUCUCCUCUCCUCGCCGCCUCUCCCAUUUUCUCCCAUUUCCUCUUAUUCUUGAAACAGAUAUUCCAUCCUCUAAUCUUCAUUCUCUGAUCCUCUCUGUUCCUGAAACACCAUGAUGCUCAGGGCUACCCCUGCUUUCUCUCUUUUCAAGCCUCCUCGUGGCGAGUCUCUAUUUUCCUCUGUUUCAUCCCAGUCUUCAUAUUCGUUUUCCACUCUCGACUCUUCCGCUUCUUUGGUUUCAAGCCUCCGCUUUUCUCCAGCCAAGAAAGAAAGUGGCUUUUCCGUCUGUUCGGCUUCAAAGGGUGCGAACAACCGGUCCCUCACCGGUGUCGUUUUCGAGCCCUUCGAAGAGGUCAAGAAGGAGCUCGACCUCGUCCCCACCGCCCCACAAGUCUCCCUCGCUCGCCAGAAGUACUUGGACGAGAGCGAGGCCGCUGUUAAUGAGCAGAUAAAUGUGGAAUACAAUGUCUCCUAUGUUUACCAUGCCAUGUUCGCUUACUUCGAUAGGGACAACAUUGCGCUGAAGGGUCUUGCCAAGUUUUUCGAGGAAUCGAGUGAAGAAGAAAGGGAACAUGCGGAGAAAUUGAUGGAAUAUCAGAACAAACGAGGUGGAAGAGUGAAACUUCUGUCUAUAGUAAUGCCACCUUCUGAAUACGAUCAUCAAGAGAAGGGAGAUGCGUUAUAUGCCAUGGAGCUUGCAUUGGCUUUAGAGAAGCUUACAAAUGAAAAGCUCCUCAAUUUACACACUGUGGCUGAGGGGAACAAUGACGUGCAGUUGGCGGAUUUUGUUGACAGCGAGUUUUUAAGUGAGCAGGUGGAAGCCAUCAAGAAAAUGUCGGAAUAUGUUGCUCAGUUGAGAAGAGUUGGCAAAGGACAUGGAGUCUGGCACUUUGAUCAGAUGUUGCUUCAUGAAGAGGGGAAGUAGGAUGCAAUUGCUGCUUGAUGGUGACUCUGUUUUGUUUCUUUCAGGUUUUUAGUGUUUUGUGGAGUAUUCUAUCGAUGUCUUUUAAUGUUGUUAGUUGUAUAAUUAAGAAUGCUGGGCCUGCUUACAAUUUGGCGAAUGCACGUGGACUUAUUUUAGACA